AUCAUCAUCACGUUCUUGCUGUAGUCCGAAGCUCUUUUGUUUUUCCCGCUGAAGCCUUUAAGUGAACUCGUAGCAGGAGGAGAAAGCAGAAAAUAUAACACUUUGGGUCGAUGCUCAAGUGCUGUGUGUACUCUGAUUUCUGGGCUGCAGGAGUACAAUAGCGAGAAGCCCUUCUUGCCUUUUAAGAGGCCACAAGAAGGGGGGAAAAGAGAAAGAAGAAAAACGGAGGAAACGCGCUGCAGCUCUGCAAGUCGGGGGGAUCGACACCGAAGCGAGUCCUCAAUCAUCGAGGGUCUCACCCUGAAGCCGGAGGAGCCAUGUCAUCCACGAAAAUUAAGAAGGAUAAGGAGAUCAUAGCGGAGUAUGAGACCCAAGUGAAAGAGAUCCGUAACCAGCUUGUGGAGCAGUUCAAAUGCUUGGAGCAGCAGUCGGAGUCUCGUAUACAGCUGCUGCAGGACCUUCAGGAGUUCUUCCGACGCAAAGUAGAGAUUGAACUGGAAUACUCUCGCAGCUUGGACAAACUGGCUGAGAGGUUCUCCUCCAAGAUCCGCAGUUCUAGGGAACACCAACAGUUUAAAAAAGACCAGCACUUGCUCUCCUCCGUAAAUUGCUGGUAUCUGUUGCUGAACCAGACGAGACGUGAGAGUCGAGACCAUGCCACCCUCAGCGACAUCUACACCAACAAUGUCAUUGUGCGCUUGGCUCAGAUCAGCGAGGAUGUCAUCCGCCUGUUCAAGAAGAGCAAAGAAAUUGGGAUCCAGAUGCAUGAGGAGCUGGUGAAGGUGACUAAUGAGCUCUACACUGUUAUGAAAACAUACCACAUGUACCACACUGAGAGCAUCAGCGCUGAGAGCAAGCUGAAAGAUGCUGAAAAGCAGGAGGAAAAGCAGUUUAGCAAGUCUGGAGAUCUUAACGUCAACCUCCUACGUCAUGAAGACCGCCAACCGAGACGCAGCACUGUCAGAAAAAUUGAGAAGAUGAAAGAAAAGAGGCAAGCCAAGUAUUCUGAGAAUAAGCUGAAAUGCACAAAAGCUCGGAAUGACUAUUUGUUGAACCUGGCAGCAACCAAUGCAGUGGUGGCAAAAUAUUAUAUCCACGACGUCUCCGACAUGAUUGAUUGCUGUGACCUGGGCUACCACGCCAGCUUGGCGCGUGCCUUCAGGACGUACUUGUCUGCAGAGUACAACCUGGAGACCUCGCGCCACGAGGGACUGGAUAUCAUUGAGAAUGCGGUGGACAACCUGGACUCUCGCAGUGACAAGCACAAGAUCAUGGAUAUGCAUAACCAGGUGUUCUGUCCUCCGAUGCGCUUUGAAUACCUGCCACACAUGGGAGAUGAGGUUUGCCAGGUCAGCGCCCAGCAGCCGGUGCAGACUGAGCUCCUGAUGCGUUACCACCAACUGCAGUCUCGGUUAGCAACACUAAAGAUCGAGAAUGAAGAAGUGAGGAAGACCUUGGAUGCUACCAUGCAAACCCUUCAGGACAUGCUGACAGUGGAGGACUUUGACGUGUCGGAUGCCUUUCAGCACAGCCGCUCCACUGAAUCCAUCAAGUCUGUGGCUUCUGAGUCAUACAUGAGCAAGCUCAAUGUAGCCAAGAGGAGGGCAAACCAGCAAGAGACUGAAACUUUCUACUUUUCGAAAUUUAAAGAGUACCUGAAUGGUAGUAACCUCAUCAUCAAACUGCAGGCCAAGCAUGACUUACUGAAGCAGACGCUGGGAGAAGGGGAAAGAGCAGAGUGUGGAACAACGAGGCCGCCCACCCUUCCCCCUAAACCACAGAAAAUGCGGAAACCUAGGCCACGCUCCAUGUAUAACCAUAAGCUGUUUAACGGCAAUAUGGAGACCUUCAUCAAGGAUUCAGGUCAACCGAUUCCACUUGUUGUUGAAAGCUGCAUAAGAUACAUCAAUCUGUACGGGCUGCAGCAGCAGGGGAUAUUUCGCGUGCCAGGAUCACAGGUGGAAGUCAACGACAUCAAAAACUCAUUUGAGAGAGGUGAGGACCCCCUGAUUGACGACCAGAAUGAUCACGAUAUUAACUCAGUGGCAGGGGUGCUGAAGCUGUACUUCAGAGGGCUGGAAAACCCCCUCUUCCCAAAGGAGCAUUUCCUGGAUUUCAUCUCCACCAUUAAGCUGGAGUCAGAAGCGGAAAGAGCUCAUCAUCUCCAGCAGAUCAUUGUGACUCUUCCUCGGACCGUCAUAAUUGUCAUGAGAUACCUCUUUGCAUUUCUCAAUCAUCUUUCCCAGUACAGCGAUGAAAACAUGAUGGAUCCGUACAAUUUAGCCAUCUGCUUCGGUCCGACUCUGAUGCCCAUCCCCGACGGUCAGGAUCCCGUGGUGUGUCAGGCACAUGUCAACGAAGUCAUCAAGACAAUCAUCAUCAACCAUGAAGUCAUUUUCCCAAAUCAACGUGAGCUGGAUGGACCUGUCUAUGAGAAGUGCAUGACUGGUGGGGAAGAGUACUGUGACAGUCCCCACAGUGAACCAGGAACCAUUGAUGAGGCUGAUAAUGGAACAGAGCCACACACUAGUGAUGAAGAGGUCGAGCAAAUUGAGGCCAUCGCCAAGUUUGACUACACCGGUCGCAGUCCCAGGGAACUGUCCUUCAAGAAGGGAGCAUCUCUGCUUCUGUAUCACAGGGCCUCUGAGGACUGGUGGGAGGGUCGUCACAAUGGUGUGGACGGCCUCAUUCCCCAUCAGUAUAUUGUUGUGCAAGACCUGGAUGAUGCGUUCUCUGAUAACCUCAGCCAAAAAGCAGACAGUGAAGCGAGCAGUGGACCAUUACUGGAAGAGAAGGGUUCUUCCAAAAAUGACAUCCCAUCACCGUGUGAGCAGUCACCAGAUUACAGCUUCGGAGGAGUCAAGGGGAGGGUCAGGCUACGAUCCGAUGGAGCUGCAGUUCCGCGCCGUCGGAGUGGCGGUGCGGAGACCCACAGCCCAACUAGAGUGCCUGACACUCCACCUCGGGCCGCAGCCUGUCCAAGCAGUCCUCACAAAAUAUCCAUCAGCAAGGCUCGCAUGGAAAGCCCAGAAAAAAGGCGAGUUGGAACUUUCGGUAGCGCAGGCAGUAUUAACUAUCCGGACAGGAAAGCAUAUCCUGAGGGCCACCCACUGAGACCAGUGCCAGGGGCCACUCGCCACAGCAGCCUGGGGGACCACAAAACACUGGAGACCGAGGCUCUGGCUGAGGACAUAGAGAAGACCAUGAGUACUGCACUGCAUGAGCUACGGGAGCUGGAGCGACAAAACACUGUGAAACAGGCCCCUGAUGUGGUCCUGGACACCUUAGAGCCAAUGAAAAACCCUGCGAGCUCAGAGCCCGGCAGUCCACUUCACACCAUCAUGAUCCGUGACCCAGAUGCAGCCAUGCGGCGCAGCAGCAGCUCCACCUCUGAAAUGAUGACCACCUUCAAACCAGCCCUUUCUGCCCGGCUGGCUGGGGCUCAGCUGCGCCCCCCGUCCAUGAGGCAGACACGGCCCGCUCCGACACAGCACCGCUCGAGCAGCUCCAGCUCUUCGGGGGUUGGCAGCCCUGCUGUGACUCCCACUGAAAAACUGUUUCCCAGUAACAGCUCAGCUUCAGGGUCUAAUGUGAAUGUUUCAGGUGAUGGCGGGGAUAAGACUGGCAGCAUGUAGCAGAGGUGGAAUCUGUUCUAAAAGGGAGAAAAGCUGAUCAAAACAAAAAAAAAAAUAGUCUUUUAAGUUGAGAAAAGUAUUGUCCUCACUGUACAGGAAUCUCCAGGUUAUCAUGGUGACAAAGCAGAAGAAUGGCAUACAGCUCUUUGAAACUUGACCUACUGUGUAUAAGACUACAUUAACUUUAGCUAUACCUCAGCUUCAACAGAAAUCUGUGGCCAUGUUCUCGUUUCAGAGAUUCAUUCAGUGCCAGUGAAGCAAUACUUGUGUGAAAAGAAAUUAUGAUUCCCACUCGUUACAUUCAGUCCAGCUAAUGUUUUUCAUCUCUCCUGUCUUAAAACACUUCAUGUGGACAAGAGUAAAACCACUAAAAUACAUCCUCUGUUUAACAUGCAGGGUGCAGGCCUCAUGGCUCUACAUACAAGUGCAUCUUAAUAAAUCACAGUAUCAUUGAAAAAGGUUGUUUAUUUACACUAAGUAAAUCAGUUCAAAAAGUGUUUGCUUCUCCAGGUUUUUUAACAUGAUUACAGCUUGCUAAUUAAUUUCUCACAAGAUUAGAAUAAUAAGAUGGGAAAAAUCUUUUAAUGAAAAGAUUUUAAUACAGAAAUGUCAGUCGUCUGUAAAGUUUGCAUAUACCCACACCCUUCUCUUGACUAUGCUUCAUAUAUUCUCUGUGAUUUGGGCCAGAAUAAUUACUGGCUAAUCAAGCAUAGUGAUAUCACAGUCAUUACAGCAGGUAUUGGUGUGGACAGGUGCCAGGUCCUGCUUGAAAUUUAAAUCACCAUCUCAAUAAUGUUUCUCAGCAAAAGGAAGCAUAAAGUUCUCUAAGAUUUCCUGGUAGAUUUGUUGUGCUGACUUUGGCCCCAAUAAAACAUAGUGACCCAACACCAGCAGAUGGCAUGGCUUCCAAUAUCAUCGACUGUGGAUAGCUCACACAAGGCCUCAAACAACUCUGUACCUUUUCCUCCAGUAGUUUUUUCUUCCACUAAACUUCUAAUAAUAUGCUUGGAUGCAUUUAACAUCUGUAGCAAUGAUAUUUUGUUUCUUACCCUCCUUCUGGAGGGUUUCAGUUACUGUCUGUUGCAAAACUGUCAGGUUUUCAAUCUUCCCCAUAAUUGUGUAGGACUAAUAUUCAAAUGUUUUUGAGAAGCUGAAUUUGAGGUUUUUAUGAACUGUAAACAAUAAUUCCCAAAAUGAUCAAUAAUUACCACCUGAAAUAUAUUACUUUGUUAUGAACCUGUAUUAGUUUCAUUUUUCAAAUUUUAUUUCAGUGAUAUUGUAAUUUAUUUAGAUGCACCUGCACAAACCUACCUAACGUCACUAUGUUUUCUGGUUUUGCUAUAAGAACAACAUGAUACCAUAGUGACAUUUAUUUCUGCAUGCAUGGAUGGGAGAACAAAACGGAAACUUUGGAUGGUGCUUGUUAACCAUUGUAGAAACUUCUAUAUAUUAUUCACUAUGAUGGAAAAAAAAUGCGGCAAGCUUAAAUUAUCCAAAAUUCCUGAAAAAGAAUGCCUUGUUAUCUUUCAGUGUUGGAUUUAAAAACUGGCAUGAGUGUGGCAACACUGCGGCAGAUAAAGCAUUUUGGCAUGAAGAACGUUUGAUAAUUAGUACCACAGUACUACAACAAAAUAUUUUCCCACCAUAAUGCAUGGUUGAACAGUGUGCAGACUGAACAUGCCCCUGUCCAUGGUGUGUUCUCAUGUGCUGUAUGUGAAAUGCAGAAAAUUAAUAAACCACCUAAUGAAGGAAUCCUGUAGGAAGCUUGUACAGAAUAUAGAGCUAGUAAUUAGUGUUUAAUUGUGUACAGGUUAAAUAAGGCAGGGUUGGGGUGACCUGCGUUUAGAUAUUAAAACACAUUUGUAUUGUUUUCAGUAAAUUACAAGGAAAUUACUUAAAAGUAAAAUACAGUUUAGGUCUUCUAUCAUGUACUCUGUAAUUAGAGUGUGUUUGGAAAUAGCAUUAAAAAGCAAACGCUGAAUAAAUGUUUUUUUGGUUUGUGUUGCUGAAAAAUGUUUCUAGUCUUGACUGAAUUCUCAUCUGGUCUGCUCCAUGUUAAAAUCAGAUUUUUAUUUUAGUAACAACAACUCAUUUAAGGUUUUUCAAAUUUACAUUGCGCUACACAUCUUCAAUGGAGGUCUGAAUUUGCCAAAAUUGAUUAAAUAAAUAAAUCAUUAAACGGUUAUCUAAAUGUAUCAAUAAUAAAUUCAAAUGGAAAGAAGUGAAAAGAUCACUUAUUCAGCAUUUAAUUGUCUAAUAAAAAAUAUGAAGUUUAUUGAAUAAAAUCAUAAUUAUCUGCGGUUGUGCACUGUAACACAUCAUGAAUGUAUUUUAUCUGUCAGCCUUAGCCAUCCAUUGUAAGUGAUCAGAGCUGCUGUGAAAUAUCGUUAAAUUUAGUAUAUAUAUAUAUAUAUAUAUAUUAUUAUUAUUAUUUUGUUUUUCAAUUUUCAUUUAUAUGUAAUUUAAGUAGGUAGUUAAUCAGUUAUGUACAUUUAAAUAUUUAUGGCCACAUUUAUUUAUGUAAUAAUAAAUAGUUCCAAUUUUAUUUUCACUUUUAUAUUAAAAAUAAUCUAAUGAUUUAUUUAUUUACUACAUUAGGGCAUUUUAGGCCUCCAUAAUCCGGAGAAAUGUGGGAACAUUACUUGUUUUUAUUUUUAAUAGACUGUUAUCAGGAUAUCCUACUUCUUUGAGCCUUGUGUUUAUUAUUCCUGAUUGAGACAGUAAUGCUCAGAGUGUAUGCCCUUCAAUUUUUUUAUUUUAUUGUUUAUAUCUGCUGUACCUCUUGUCUUUUGACACAUUUAGUCCAGAGACCUUGUAACCUGCAACCUAAAGAGCCUGCUCAGUUCUACAUGUUUUGCGCUGUAAUGUGGGGCUCAUGAAAUCAGACUUAGUGGCUGUGUUGUGGUGCCUUGUCAUGGUGAAACGCACAGAUUGAGUCCGUCUAUACUACAAAUGUCCUAUUUUUUUAGAUGGUUGACAAUAUUCUGUUAAAUAAGAUGUUGCUGCAGUUCUUUUAGAGAAUGAGAGAUAGCGCUAAAAGUGCCACAAUUCAAUAAGUAAGUCAAAAAAUAAAUAUUUAUCAAUGUAAUUAUUUAGAUCAAAUUAGAGGUAUGUGCAUUAAAUAAAUAAAUGUUAAUGGAUUUAUGGAAAAUAGUUAAUUGUGUAUACCCUUAAGCAAGAUAUUUUAAGUUCAUAUAAUUAUUUCAGUCAUAUUUAGGUAUUUUGUAGUUCUGUUUUGCAUUGUAAAUUUAUUUCCUUUCGGUCUUACCCAUCAAAGUCAGUUGGUGGGGCUGACACUGUUAUGGACAAAGCAACUGGUCUGCAAUGAAAUUGUUGCGUAGGUUAAUCAGUUAAAUGUUAGCAUCUAUUUGGAGAGCCCAGCUAGAAGUUUCAAUUAUUUCAUUAGUCACUGUGGCGCAGAAAAUAUGAAAUAAUUAUACAUGAUACAACAGAGUUCAGGUUCAUGAUUUACACAUUUAAUUAAUUGUGCAUGUAAAAAUAUUGACUCUUUUGUAUAUAUGUUCUUAUUUGACAAAUUAUUUAUUUGUUGGAUUGUGGCACAUUUGGCCUUCCAUAGCCUGGGGUGGCAAUUUACUUAUACUUAACACAGAUCCUAAACUGGGUACUGAUUUUACAGUUUGACCACAGAUACAACAUGCAGACUAAAAAUACUGGCUGGAUGUUUUCUUCUCUUUUUAACUCUCAUUAAUGGAUGUAUCAGUGUUUCUGUGGGGUGAUUGCUAAGAAGAGUGAUCUUCUAAAGCCGAAAUCAAUACAGCAUUUUAGAGACAUACAGUGCAUCCGCGCCCUCUUCUGGUUCAUACUGGUUUCACUUCAUCAUGUAAUAUACAAGCUGUCGAGUUAUCUUUCUAGGGCAUGAUGAGAAUGAUCUGAAUCCUGUUAUAAUGCUUAAACUGAUUCAAGAUUUUAUUGUUCUCAUUUAAUAUUAUAUUUUUGGAUAUGUUUAAAUCUAUGAGGGGAAAAGAGUUUCAUGAAGUACAUGAUAACAUGAGAUGAAGUAUAUUUAACAUAUUGUUUUUAUGUAAACGUAGAACACAGCAUUUCAGUGCCUUUUGUGCACAAUAUCAGUUUUUUAUUAGAAUUCAGCUUCUUUUCCUUUUUUCCUUUUAUACUUUAAUGUGUUGCCUAUUGUUUGUCAUGUUAUUUUAAAGUGAUGUUUCCUUUUUGUCCUACUUUAUAUUGCCACUCACUAGGAGUCAUGGAGGAAUCAUUACAAAUUACUCAUUUAAACUUGUGUCAACCCAGGGGAAACAAAAAAUAAUAAUAACUGCUGUAAACAUGAACUACCAGUAAAACUUUAUAGAUUCAUCUCAGAAUGUUUCUUUUUUUAGUAUUAUUAUUUUCUCUGUGAUCUGGCUGUGCUGUGGUUGAGCCUUUAGCUCCUGUCAUUUUAAAGAUACGCUGUUGUGGUGUUGUUGGCAACAGCUGAACUGACUCAGACUUCUGUUGUGUGUUAGCUACAAGGCACCUGGUGCGCGCUCAUUUUCCCUAUACAUGUGAUGUGAUGUACCUGUGGUUCAAAAAGACAGCAUCAGAGUCAAAGAGCAGAGCGAGGCCCUGUCUGGGGCCGCUGUGUGAAUUACUGUCACACCGUUUACCUUCUCUUUUACCUGUUUGUCUGGUGAUGCUGUUUGUUGCUGAAUGUCUGGUUGGGUGAAACCUGUGAUGUCGUGUACUUGAUUCCACUGACCGGAUGUUUAAAACUCCUGUGUCCAAAUAAAACCAUAAGCUCUGUGAUCUCUG